GAUUGAUAACUGAUUGAGAAGGCAGACGAUUUCCGGUAGAGAUCUUUGAGAUGGUUACCGAUGGACUGAGAAGCACAAACAUGGAACAGCCGCAUCAUGAAACUGUUCUCAGGGUGGACAAUUUAAUCUACGAAGUCGAUGAAACGUCCGUUUCGAUCAUCCACCGCCUGGCUGCCUUCCAGAUGCCCUGGGAGUGGUGUCAGGGGUCCACGUCACGUGUCAGGGUGCUCAAUGAUGUCUCAUUCACAGCCACUGGUGGUCACAUGUUGGCUAUCCUAGGCAGUUCAGGAAGUGGAAAAACUUCACUGCUGGAUGUUCUUGCCUGUCGGAACACCGGUGGCCUAAUCAGAGGCCAGAUCGCACUCAACGGCCAGCCGGUCGACCAAGCCACGAUGCGUGACUGCUCUGCCUACGUCAAGCAAGAUGACUGCCUCCUUGAACACCUUACGGUCAGAGAGACACUCACUUUCGUGGCGCAUCUGAAGCUUCCAGCCAACUGCCCGUCUGACAAAAUAGAAGAACAGGUUGAGCAUUUGAUGGCCGAGCUCGGUCUAAGUCACGUGUCCAGUGUCAAGGUCGGCGGGGAGAAGGUCCGUGGUGUAUCGGGAGGAGAAAGGCGCAGGGUCAGCAUUGCCAUGCAGAUGCUUUUGGAUCCAGACAUCCUCUUCCUUGAUGAGCCCACGUCUGGCCUCGAUUCGUUCACAGCUUACAACAUCGUCGCCUUGCUCAGCAGUCUAGCGCAGAGAGGCAAACUAGUCAUUCUAACAAUCCAUCAGCCCAGGUCCAAUAUCUUUGAGUUGUUCGACCAGGUGAUGGUCCUAUCUCAGGGCAAUAUGGUCUACCACGGCCUGGCCAAGGAAAUGGAAGGAUACUUCCAUAGGCUCGGCUACCCUUGCCCCGAGCUCACAAAUCCGUGUGACUUUUUCGUCGAUCUGGCUACAGUUGACAUGACAUCCCCGAAAACCGAGAGCGAGACUCGGCGACGGAUGGAUAUGUUGGUAGAUGCUUAUGGGAAAUAUCGAUCACGUGUCAUCAAGAAUGAUACGCCGCCUAGCGUUUCCGUUAGUGAGGAAGCAAGCAACGAAACGUCAGCGGGUACUGUUCACGCUGGGCCAGUGAAACAGUUUUCUAUCCUAUGCAGACGGGCCUUCCGCAAUCACAUCGAGGACUAUGGCUUCCUCGCGGUGCAGGCCGUGAUCGCCCUGGCUAUGUCCUUCCUCAUCGGUCUCAUCUACUUCCAGCUGACAAACAAUCAGUUUGACCUGCGGGAUAGAUUUGCCCUCAUGUUCUUAAUUGGUGCGCUUUAUCCUUAUAAUGUGGUGCUCGAUGUUGUUGGAGAAUAUCACAAAGAACGGCGAAUCCUGUUCAGAGAAACGAAUGAUGGACUCUACACAGUUGGUCCAUAUUUCUUCUCGAAGGUCCUAAGCGAGCUUCCCGAGCACAGCGUCUUCGUCAUGCUCUACGUGAUCCCCGUCUACUGGCUGGCCAACCUCCAGCCCGACCCGAUCCUCUUCCUCCGAACGUACGGGAUCACCUACAUCCUGGUCUACUGCAGCCGGAGUAUGGCCUACGUUGGGGCAGCCCUGUUGCCAACCUAUCACAUGUCUGUCCUGGUCGCACAGUUCUUCUUCACAUUCAGUUUUCUCUCCGCAGGAUACGUAAUUAACCUCACCAGUAUCUGGGAAGGGAUGAAGUGGUCCACAAAUGUGUCGUACCUCCGAUGGGGAUACCUCGCACUUGCCCAGACCCAGUUCAAGGGCCUGAACUUCACGUGUGAAGAGACCAUCCCAGGGGUCAUCCCCUGCAUCAAGACAGGCGAACAAGCACUAACAGCCUACUCAGUCAAUGAUUUCUCCGUGGAGGAGGCCUGUCUGAUUCUAAUAGCAUUUAUCUUUGUCUUGCUUGCACUCUUUUAUAUUUGUUUGCGAUGUUUUAACCAGAAGCCCCACGAAUCAUGAUAGAGGUCUCAUCAAAUAUUUGAACUUUCACCUGAAUAAGGGGACCUUUAUUUCAGGCAGGAUAUUGGAGUGGUAUGGAAUAUUAGUAUAGUUUGGUCAACUUCCAUUAUCGUAAUGUACAUGUAUAAAGUGUAAUGCGAAAAUGUACAGUAUGCAUUUACGUUCAGUUGACUGGGUAAGAUUUUGGAACAGAACGUAUGUUAUGGCAAUGUUAAGAACUUGUAUGGGGUUUUCGCAGCCCCGAAACGCCAACGCGAACGCCUGUCAUGUUGUUCGACAUCGUUCAACAAUGGGAUAGGCGUUCACGUGAGCGUUUCAAGAGCUUUGCGAAAACUCCCUAAUGCCUUGGGUCAACGCCCGAAACGAGAACGCUCUGUCCCUGCAGGGCGCGAGUUCUUACGAGGGCUGAAGCUUUCAUAUCUUAUUUGGGGCUUCUUCGUUCUUUAUCCGGCUAUCCUCCUAUUUCGAGGAGAUACAAUACCAACCAGCCGCUUAUUUGUCCCGCUUAAACAACUUGAUCGCCUUUGUUAGUUCCUAAAAUGUUAAAGGAAAGUCAAAUUGAUUAAAGGUCAGCAGAUUGCAAAAUACGACUCGAGCUUGACAAAUACCAUUAAGCUGCCUUUAAGAGAUCCAGUCGUUGCACAAGUCUUUAUUUUAUAGACCAGCUGAACAUGGUAAAACUAACUAAAUUGGUGUUUACCUCUUAUGCAGCUUAUUGGCUACAUAAAUCAACUACCUGUGGGGAACUCGAAACUGCUAUCAUUUAUCAAUGGAAGCUCAUUCCCGCCUUAGGUUUUAACCAGGCCGUUCUAAAUUCCCCAUUUUUAUAAAAGUUUCGCUAUAGGUUACCUUUCAGUGAUUAAACCACUUAGGAGGAACGAUACAUUUUAUCCUCUCAUAUUACAAGCUGCUCAAGCGUGUUCCAAAAUAACUUGCGAUCAUUAUUACAUGCAUCCACGAUCGUGUUGACAAUAUAUCUCCGCUUCUUUUUUCUAAACAAACUCAUUAUAGUCAUAUCAUGAUUUCUUUUUAAAGAGACGGGUCAAAUUUCUUUUGACCAUACUGCGUCCCAGAAUAUAGACAGUCAUUAGUGCUCCAACAUGAUUCACUCAAAAUCAUUACACGGCAAUGUUUGUGUCUUCCGAGUGUCCCCUUUCUCGGCACUUUUCCUCAAUGUUUGAGGAGCACGUUAGAAAAAAGACUAACUUGUUCCUCGGUGUCUUCAAUAUCUUUCCAUGCCACACCUUAAUCCGUCGAUCAUUGGUUAGAACAUAACAAAGGUACUGACUUCUCAUCUUUCCCACUUUCAGUACCUAAAGUCAUUCUCGGAAAAUUUUGUGUUGGCUCCUCUUUCAAAUUUAGCAAGUUUUUCUCCAGAGCUGAAACUUGAUUCGUUAAAAACGGCAUUCUGAACUUCAUAAACACGUGAUGAUUUGGAAGUGGUCCUAAAAUGGCGAAAACACGUGGUGCAACGAAUGUGAUUACUAGAAUUGUUCUCCCUGACGCUUUGAGUAGCAGCCGUGCGGGAAUGAGGUCCCGAGUGAUUAUUGCUAGCCGUAACGUUAGCAGAAGAAUUUUCCCUUUGGCUACCGCUGCCGGAGUCACUUGUACCAAACAUCAUGGCUCUCCUACAGCCGAUCAUUCGGUAGAACUCCCUUCGAACCUCGUAACCACUCAGAACAUACACAACAAAGUUCACGCUGAAGUUAACUGUCCAGAGAAGGUCGAAUAUGUUGAGAUAAGACUGAGAUGCGUGGUAAUAACUCGGCCGAAAGUAUAUAAUGUUGGCCAGAAGUGUGUUAGGGAAGCACAGGCCGAACACGGUGAAGGAAAGUGUCACGAGCAUAUUCGUUACGCGUUUUAUGUGAUGAUCCUUUCCGGAGACCCUCCGGACUUUGGGGCGAAAGAGCAGACAC